AGCAGAGGGGUAAAGGCAAGCUCAGCUAGCUCACAAGCCAGUCUGGUAGCAAGAUGGCAAUCACACUCCUGGUUCUCUGCUGUGUGGUCACUGUGCUGGGCGCCCAGUCUCCCAGGUGGCUCAUCACUGCUCCCAACAUUAUUCAUCUUGGAGUGGAGGAGACUGUGAGCAUGCAGAUUCAUGGAGCAACUGAACCUGUGGAUGUUGAUCUCUGUAUUAAACAUCCAAUAACAACUGACAUUCUCACAUCAACUGAGCACGUAACUCUCAACGAAGAUAACAGAUUUCAAGCAGUGGUCAAACUAAAGGUGGACCCCAAACUGUUCAAAUAUGCCCAAGAUAAACAGCCUGUGAAAAAUGUUAUUCAAUUGUCUGCCAGUUCCCCAAAGUUUUUCAAGAAACCACAAAUGGUCAAUAUCCAUGUGUCAACCAAAAGGGGUUAUAUUUUCAUUCAGACUGACAAGCCAAUCUACACUCCUGGAGAGACUGUCAAAUACAGAAUCUUCACGUUAGACCAGUACAUGCUUCCGAAAGAUGAACAGAUCAACCUUAGGAUAUUUAACUCCAAAGGCUUAGUAGUCCAUGGGACUUUAUUCAAAUCUAAUGAAAUCACGCAGCAGACUGUCAGCAUCCCUGACACUGAACCAGCUGGACACUGGAAAAUAGAAGCAUAUUUUUCUGAUGCACCUGAAUCAAACACCACAGUUGAGUUUGAGGUGAAGGAAUAUGUUCUGCCAACAUAUGAGGUGAAGAUUGAGGCAGUAAAACCGUACUACACACUGGGAGAAGAAAGCUUCCAGUUCUCAGUUUCUGCAAGGUAUACCUAUGGAAAUGCUGUUGAUGGUGUCGCUUACAUCCGAUUUGGAAUCACAGACCAUAAAAAGAAUAGAAUCCAUCUACCUGGUCUUGAGAUCCAGACACCGAUUGUGGAUGGCCAUGCAAGUGUCAAACUCCUUACUGAACAUUUUCAAGAAAAAGUAAAAGAGACAAAUAUUACUGACCCAGAAGGUUGUCGCCUUUAUAUUGCUGUAACCGCUUUGGAGCAGGCCAGUGGAGACUUUGAAGAGGCAGAAACCACCUCUGUGAAAAUAGUGACCUCACCCUAUAUGAUUGACAUGUCCAAGACCAAGAAAUACUUUGCCCCUGGCAGCAAGUUUUCCAUUUUGGCCACAGCCACCUAUCCUGAUGGCAGCCCCAUCCCAAACGUGAAGCUAAACGCUGCCGUUAUUGUGAAAUUAACUGACCAAACAGAAAACAUCAUAAAUAAGAAGGCUGUAGCGACUAAAGACGGAGUUACUGAAAUUCCUUUUGAAGUCCCCAAGCAAGCUGCAUCCCUGCAGAUCAAGCUAUCUGCUGAAGGAGAGAAGACACCCUCUGGACAAAUGAUGGUCACAGCAGUCCCAAACACACAGGAUUCUCUCAGCAUUGAGAUGGAACACCGUGUUCUUGCUCCAGACCAGGAGCUAACAGCUCGCUUCAGAGACAUCUCUCCAGCUGGCACCGCCCGACCCUCCCACAUCUACUACAUGGUCCUGAGUAAGGGUAAAACCUUGCAGGUUAAAAGUGUUCAGACAACUUCAAGUGAACUCACAGAAAUCACCAUCGCGUACAGCACUGAUAUGGCGCCCUCUUUCCGUCUGCUCGCAUACUACUUCAGAGGCCCAACAACGAUAGUGGCAGACUCAGUCUGGGUGGAUGUCAAGGAUAUCUGCAAGGGGAAGAUUGAGAUCAGUCCAUUGAGAGACCACAAGCCUGCAGAGUCCGUGGAUGUGGUGGUGAAAGCAGACAGCCGCAGUAAAGUUGCACUGGUGGCUGUGGACUCAGCUGUGUACAUUCUAAACAAACAGAACAAGUUGACUGCACAGAAGAUGUUUGAUUACAUGAACUCCUAUGAUCUGGCCUGUUCUGUUGGAGGAGGGAAGAAUGCCCAGUCUGUUUUUUGGGAUGUAGGCCUCAUUUGGAUGUGCAACUGUGACAUGCCAAAUACUCUCUCCAGGCACAGUCGCUCCUGCUCCUCUGAAAAUAAACGAUCCAAAAGAUAUAACACAGUUAUGGACGUCUCUUCUGUUGUCAUGAAGUAUGGGCAAGACGUUCGACCAUGCUGUGCUGAUGGAGUCCGGUAUAACCGGCAGGGACUCACCUGUGAGCAGAGGUUUAUUAGGACUAAGGGCAAGUCCAAAAAGUGCAGAGACGUGUUUCUUCAAUGCUGUAAAACGGCUACCGAGAUGCGAAAGACAACACGAAAAUACAGCGUUGCAAGAGGCCACAGUAAUGAGAUAGAUGAGGUCAUCGAUGGGACAGACGUGCACCUGAGGAGCAGUUUCCCAGAGUCUUGGAUGUGGCAGCUGACGGAGACAGAUGAGAGCGGUCAGCUCAGGCACUCUGUACCAGCUCCAGAUUCUAUCACGACCUGGGAAAUCCAAGCAGUGGGGAUCUCUCCAAGCAAAGGUUUCUGUGUUGCAGAGCCCAAACAACUAAGGGUGUUCCAGGACUUUUUUGUGUCUGUGAAGUUGCCAUACUCAGUGAAAAAGACUGAACAGCUGGAGGUGAAAGCUGUGGUGUUCAAUUACAAGGACACAGAGCUAAAGGUGACUGUGGAGAUGUUGCCCUCUGAGGACUUGUGUACCUCUGGGGAAGACAGGGCCAAACAGAGCAUCACAGUCCCUGCCAACUCGGCGUCUUCCGUGUAUUUCACCGUGGUGCCCCUCGAAAAGGGCACAUUUCCCAUCACCAUUCUGGCCCACAGUUCAAGCGGUGUAGCGGAUAAAAUACAGAAGGAGCUCAAAGUUGAGGGGGAAGGGGAGCUAGUCUCAGUUUAUCAUCAGCACAUCAUCAACAGUAAAGCUGACAAGCUGGACUUUGACAUCACAACACCUUCUGACAUGGUGCCUGGAGAUGAACCAGAGACCUACAUUAGCUUCAAAGGGGGUGUGAUGGGGGAGUCUGUGAGUAACUAUCUGAACCUGGAGGGCAUCGAGAAGCUGAUCAUACUGCCGUCGGGCUGUGCAGAGCAGACCGUGGCAGAGAUGUCCUCUGCCGUCAACGCCAUGAAGUACCUGGACGCCACUGACCAGUGGAUCAACCUGAGAGCUGGCCGCAGGGAUGACGCCCUGUCCAUGAUCCAGAGCGGUUACAGCAAAGUCCUGACAUACAUGAAGGCAGAUGGUUCUUACGGGAGGUUCUCUUCAUCCCCAAGCAUUAUCUGGAUUACAGCAUUUGUUGCCAAAGAACUCACCAAAGCUAGAGAAGUCAUUCCCAUUGAGGAUUCCUACAUAAAGAAGUCCAUAACCUACAUUAUAUCCAAACAGACUGAAGGAGGCUCUUUCCAGGGGAUCAAUCCCUAUAAUGGCAGAAGCAUGCAGGGCAGAGUUGGGGAAUCAUCUGGAGAAACGUCGCUGACUGCUUAUGUUCUCAUAGCAAUGCACCAGACUCUGUCUGUCUUCGACACUUCUGAAUCUACAGAAGUGAGAAUGGCCAUGGAGAGUGCGCAGAGCUACCUGGUGCAGCAGUUGAACUCCUUGGAGGAUCCUUAUUCUGUAGCCAUCACAGCCUAUGCCCUCUCACUGACCCAGAGCUCAGCAGCUACUCAAGCACAGAAGAAGCUCAGAGAUCUGGCCAACUGCGAUACUAGUAAAAAUAGGUGUUUCUGGGGAUCAACAAAAGCCCAGAGCCCUGACAUCGGGGUACGAGCAGACCCUCUGUCUUUGGAGACCACGGCGUACGCCCUGCUACAGGCCGUGGCUGUGAGGGACACUCAGUAUGCCAUGAGUAUUGCGUCAUGGAUAAUGGAACAGCGCAAGUUUGGGGGCGGAUUCCACUCCACCCAGGACACAGUUGUGGCCUUGGAGGGCCUUGCCACAUUCAGCGAGCAGAACAAUGAUGUGAAUGGCCUGAACCUCACUGUGGAGAUGUGUUUUCAAGACGGUCGAAAGGAUGUGGUGAGGUUAACGAAACAUAAUGCUCUCACCCAGCCAGCCAUCAAGAUCAGGAAAGGGGGAAAAGUCUCUGUUCGCAUUGAAGGAGAAGGAGACGGCACUUUGGCGGUUGUGCAAAAUUACAGGAGCCUGAAAAAGCCUCACUCAGCCUGUGACGAAUUCUUCCUGAAUGUCACGAUUGAAGGGGAAGUGGAAUUUGAACCGAUCCCUGACUUAGACGACCUGUACGAUUAUCUGAACUUGGAGGGAGAGAUACCGCAGAAGGAUGACCCCAUGAAGAAGGAGAAGUCUCUGACCUACACAGUCUGUUAUGGGAUGCUAAAUGGGGCGUCUAAAGGGAUGGUCGUCGUGGACAUCUCUCUGCUGAGUGGACUUAACGUAAAUGUUAAGGACCUUGAGGAGAAAGUAAAGGGCACAGAGAAGUACAUUGAUCACUUUGACUUAGGAUCCAACAGAGUGUACCUCUACUUCAAUCAGGUAACAGACACUACAGAGUGUCUACAGUUCAGAGCGGAACAGAUUGUACCUAUCGGACUAGUCCAGCCAGCUGCUGCUGUAAUCUACGACAACUAUAAUCCAACUAAGAAAUGUGGAGUUUUCUACAGAGCAGCCUACACAGAUAUGGUUUCCAAGCGGUGUCAUGGAGAUGUCUGCAGUUGUGCAGAAGGCUCCUGUCCUACACCUAAAGUGACUUUCAGUGAAAACAUGCAGUCAAACACACGCACUGACUUUGCAUGUUACAAGCCCAUUGUUGAUUUUGUUUACAUUGUGAAGGUGGUCAACUCAACAGGUGAUGGCGUCUUCAAUUAUUACUCUACAGAAGUGAUCAAAAUUCUUCAAACAGGCAAAGAUGAAGGAGUUCAUAUUGGUGCAACACGGGAACUCGUUCAAAGACUAUCUUGUGUGAACUUUGCUCUGACCAUGGAAGCCCAGUACAUGUUCAUGGGUACUAAUACAGCCAUCACACCCACUCUAGAUGCCAUGGGAAGCCCCAGGUACUUAUUGAGCAGGGACGAGUGGCUGGAGAAGAUUCCAGAAAAGAGCCAGUGUAAAAGGACCCGCAAGGCCUGCCGGCGACUCCAGACCUUCAUGGCACAGCAUGAGAUGAGGCGCUGUGCUCACUGAACCCGACACUCACAUUACGCUCUUUACCUCUUUUAAAGGAGUUGUCCUGUCUUUAAGCAGAGGAGAGGUUUUUACUUCAGAUGACUCUAAAUGAAUGUACCUCUACUGUACAGUAUUUGUCUACCCUUUGAGUUAAGCCUGUUGCCUGAGGAUGCUCCAUUGAUACUGUACAUGAGAGCGCUGUUUCACAUAAAAAAGCAACAUCACCAUAUAAAUUCAUUUUCUAAAUGUGUUUCUAUGUAUGCUUUUGUACUAUAAAUGUAUGCUUAAUCUAAUCUAGUCCAGACUACUAUAAUAUUAUCAUACCCUAUAUAUCACAGAAAUAACGUUUCUAAUUAAGGUGUUCUGUAGGUACGUAUUUGUGUCCCAGUUUAUAGUCAUGCCAUAGUGGUCUUGUAAGCAUAGCCUCAACGUUGCUCUCCAAAGCGUAUCUAAAUAUAUUUGAAACGUGUGAACAUGUUGAUUAAACAUGUUGGCUUGACUACACUGGUUGGGGUUGAUCUAGUGGACUACAUUAAUUAGAGGGAACAGUAGCAACCAUCAAUUGCUCACUGAUUUUGAUUCACUGUUUGCUGUCAUCUGCAACUUGUGUGAUAACUAUAGCAGAUAUUGUCCUUAUUGAAUUGUUGACCUGGGUCAGUCAGAUUAUAGAGAUAUCUGUUAGGUAAGAUUUAUGAUAGUCGUCGAUCAUGUCAUUUGUGAAUUGCAUUUUAACAGUUUCCUUCGAAACGUUGAAGGUUUUGAGUGGCAUUUGUCAUGCAACCCCUCUAUCUGUCUCUUGUCUUCACUCCUUGAACAGUGAACACACACUUCACUCAAACACACAGAGAGAUAUCUUCCAGACAUGUUUUGACCUUCAAAUUACCUUCAAGGAGAGCGCUGUUGGACUACUGAACAGUAUUAAAGUUUUUUGUCACACCUGGUAACUUCACAUUUACGGCAAUCUCUAAUCAAUUUGUAAACAAUAAAGAAUGGUAUGUUUUACUGCUGCAUCUUGCUGUAAUAUGAUUUUUUUCUGUUUCCUCUAAUAUUAAUGUUGUCCAUUAUUGCCUCCCCAUUCGACAGCUCUCUCUGGGUCCAUGCUCAUAUUUUCUACUUGUUUAUUUGACUGAAUUGAAUACAUUUGCCGCUUGUAUCAGUAUUCAAUAUGCAUAUUCAAUGCUAGGACAGUCUGGAUGUGUUUGCCAAUGGUCAGUAUUGAUACAGCCUGUAGCCUACUGUAACUGUAAAACAAACUGCUGAGCUUGACAUUUGUCCAAUAUGUUGGACAAUCUGUAGAUCUUAGAAAAUAAACCAUAAGUGAUAAAGCAUA